AACCCUGAAGAACUUGAUGCCUUGGUAACUGUAAAAUCAUACGAGGAUGUCAAACAUAUGGUCGACGAGUAUCGUCGUCUCGAAAGUGAAGGAACUCCGAAACUACGUGUUUACAUGUUCCCUUCGAACCCGAUCGUAGUCGAGAACCAGAUGAAUCCUGUUGAUCCCUAUGCCAUUGAGCAGCGUUACAUAGAAGCCAUCAAUGGCAUACAUCGUCCGAGUUCAAAUAACACUAGUGGAAGACAAACCCGUCAACCCAAACCGCUCCAAUUUCAGCACCUCUGCUUGCACUUCCCGUAGAGCAGCUUCUCUGGAUGCUAUUUCAAACCAACAUAAUAAACCCCCCAUGACUAAAGUCCGCAGUUCUCCUAGCCUUUACAACCUCCACCUGCAAAGUAAUAAUCACCAAGUUUACCAGCCACAUCAUCAUUAUCAUCAAAACCACCACCAACCACAACCCUAUGGCAUCCAAUCUCCAAGAACAUCCCCAGAUCAUUGGGCUGAAAAGCCCCCAGGGCCACAUGACUUCAUGAGGAACGCUAUGGGGCACGGUCAUGUUCCGGUAAACCGAGUCUAUCCAGUAGGCAGACAUAACAUGGGGAAUGGAUACCAAGGAUGUUCUUGCUGCUGCGAUGAUUGCGUGGCUUAUGCAAGUGGAGGGCCUUGUAGGAGAGGUAGCCCUUCUACAAGUGGAAGGCUCGAUAAACCGGAUAGUCCGGGUCACAAGAACCAUAUGCCGGAAUAAAGCAGCGGAAUCAAUCAAGUAGCAUAUUGAUCAUCGGACUGAAGAACUGAAAGAUAGGUACAUAAUCUUUUUACUUCAUAGGUUGUUUGCUACCCAAAGAAGGGUAAGACGGUAAAGAAGGAUCUUUUAUUUCCUUCCUCUA